AGUUUCAUACUUAUCUUCGUUUCCUAAUCCGGUGGGCUAUGAAAAAGUCCAUCAUGUUGAUUGCUCCCGGUUUCACACCCACCUUCGUCUCCAUCUCAAUCGAGAAUUAUCGUUCCCUUCUGGUCCCUACAAAACCACCCUCCUCUCUCAAAACUUCUCCUCCAAUUCCCAUUCUUCUCUACUCAUAUCACUUUCUUCAACAAUCUAGCCCAAUCCAGUGUUUCCUUCUCCUCCUUCUUCCCGAGCAAUUUACUCAGAGCUAUUCGUCGGCAAUUUUGUCGAACAUCUUGUAGGCGUAAAGAUGAGGAGCAAGGGACAGAGCCAGAACGCGUUCGUGAGGUUCAUUACUUCACCGAUCAGAGCGCUGGGAAGAGCGCGAGAUUUUUACGUGCGAAACAUAACAAAGUGUGGUUAUAAUAUGAACUACAGUAACCCUGUGGAUGCAGCUGGGAGAUUCGCGGCCUUUCCCAGAAGUUACAGUGCCAACACUUCGAGGUCUGAAGACAGCGAGGAUUUCGCAGAGCUCGUGAGAGCAGCGUCAGCGAGGACUUUGGUCGAUAGAAUCGACAUGGAUUUGGUUAUGAAGCAGCAAGCAACGGCACAGCAACAACAAUCCCUGGGAUCAAGAGGAUUGCCCAAGUCCACCAGUGUAGGGAUGACGAAAAUUGACGAAGAUAAGCCUUAUGAUUUUGCAGACGGUGGUAAUAAUGGUGUUGCAGAUUUGUACCCUAGAAGUAGAAGCUAUGCGGUGAGAAAGAGAACUGUUGCUUUCUGAAUUUAUCUGAUUCUUAGCCUGAACUCUCUCUUUUAGGCCAAAAGUGAGGGGGGGGGGGAAAGGGAGAGAGAUUCUGUCGUCAAUGCAAUAUGAGAUUGAGGAACGGAGGGAGAUAUUUGUGAGACUGUAAAAAUUUUUAUCUUUCCUUCCUUCCUUCCUUCCCAUGGUGGUUCUAGUGGUGUUAGAUUCUUUUAACUCUAUUGUUGGAAUUCGAUCUGAUUCUCUUUCUCUUUUUUUGUUGCUGUGAAA